UCAGUAAACAACAAAACACAAAAUGGAGAUGGGUUAUAUGUGGAUGAGGCGAGUCCGAUUCGGAGUUAACCCUCUCUCCCUCGCUAUGGCUUAUUCCUCCUCUGCUACUACACUUCCUUGUUUCCCCCCUCACCCUCUCUUUUCCUUCACUUGUUUCAAACCGCCUCACCUCAUUUCCUUACCUUCUUCCCAUGGCCCUCGCUCCAUUUCUAGUUCCACCCCCUCUUCCUGCUCUUCUGCAGCCUCACUACUUUCCCUCCCAGAAAACCAUGAUUUCCCUGAUUGUGAACGUGGCCAAACCUAUACACAUCUGCCCAAGGGCUCCAAGGUGCUUCUCAAAGGGCUGAAUUAUGCCGAAUUUCAAGAAUGGGUUCAAUCACAUGGAUUCAGGCCUGGUCAGGCUUUAAUGUUAUGGAAGCGUCUCUAUGGAGACAAUAUCUGGGCACAUGAUAUUGAUGAGCUAAAAGGAUUAAACAAAGAUUUCAAGAAAAUGCUGAGUGAGCAUGCUGAACUUAGGGCCUUGUCCUUGAAAGAUAUUCUCACUGCAUCUGAUGGCACUAGAAAGAUAUUGUUCGCGCUGGAUGACGGGUUGGUAAUAGAAACAGUUGUGAUACCUUGCGAUAGGGGCAGGACAACUGUUUGCGUUUCAAGUCAAGUGGGCUGUGCCAUGAAUUGCCAAUUCUGCUAUACUGGCAGGAUGGGUCUGAGGAGGCAUUUAACAGCAGCCGAGAUUGUAGAGCAAGCAGUAUAUGCUAGGCGAUUGCUCUCUGGUGAUGUUGGUUCUAUUACAAAUGUUGUAUUUAUGGGAAUGGGUGAGCCAUUUCAUAAUAUUGAAAAUGUCAUAAAAGCUGCUGAUAUCUUGGUGGAUGAACAAGGCCUUCACUUUAGCCCUCGCAAGGUCACUGUUUCUACAAGUGGACUUGUCCCCCAGCUGAAACGUUUUCUCCAUGAAUCAAAAUGUGCAUUAGCUGUUAGUUUGAAUGCUACAACUGAUGAGGUCAGAAAUUGGAUCAUGCCAAUUAAUCGGAAGUAUAAAUUAAGCUUUCUUCUUGAGACCCUUAGGGAGGAACUAAAGUUCAAAAAUAACUACAAAGUUCUAUUUGAAUAUGUGAUGCUAGCGGGAAUCAAUGACAGCAUUGAAGAUGCAAAGAGGUUAAUCGAUCUUGUGAAGGGUAUUCCUUGCAAAAUCAAUCUUAUUUCAUUUAAUCCUCAUUGUGGUUCUCAAUUUAGACCGAGCAGCGAUGAGAAGAUGAUCGAGUUUAGAAAUAUUUUAGCAGAAGGUGGUUGCAUUGUUUUUAUGCGCUUCAGUAGAGGCGAUGAUCAGAUGGCUGCCUGUGGUCAGCUGGGGAAGCCCGGAUCAAGUCAAGCACCAUUGCUCCGUGUUCCGGAGCAAUUCCGGGUGGCUCUAAACUUGGGCAUGUGAUUUCUUGGAUUAUAAACAAUCUGGAUUUGCUUAAUCUUUCUUAAAAGAUGAAACAAAAAUGAGGGGACGGUAAUCAUUUCUCAAGCCUCAGAUUAGGGGAGUAGGAACGAAGGCAUGUUAGAGCCUAUUGUAUUUUUUCUAUUCUUCUUCUCGUCGUAUACAAAGUGGAUUGGUUUAAUGAAAUGUGCUUUUUCUUUA